AUGUUUUUCUUUCAAUCCACUUUUUUUCUUUCUUCCCGUAAAUCUAUUUUAUAUUUUUUUCAUCAAUCUUUUUCUUUUGCUGUUGAUCUCCAUCCCCCCCUCCUGUUGAUCACCUCUUGUUUUUUAUUAUUCCUGUUCAUCUACAUUUUUCUCAAGUUCUUUCCUUCCUUCUUAUUUCGUUUCUUUUUAUUGCCUUAUUUUAUUGUUCAUUCUUCUCUUUCCUUCACUUGUAAAUUCUUUUGUUUUCCAUUUCUCUUUUUCUCUUAUCUUUUUCCUCUUCCUUUCAAAUAUCUAUCUAAUAAUCUAUUUGUCUCGCUAUCUAUCUAUCUAUCUAUCUCUGUCCACCUAUCUGUCUCUCUCUAUUCACCUAUCUUUUUCUGUCUCUCUCUCUCCCUGUCUCUCUUUGUCCACCCAUCUAUCUAUCUAUCUAUUUAUCUAUCUAUCUAUUCCACUUGCUUACCUACCAUAUCUUUGGUUCUCUUUUCCCCACUUCUUGCUUUUCUUCUCUCUCUUAUCCCACCCCUUCAGUCAGAUAUUACUUUUAUCCCCCCCACCUUCUCUUCUCUCUUCAUCUCCCCUACCCAGAUUUUGCUUCUCUUCCCUGUCACUCAGUUUUCACUUCUCUUCUUGUCACCCCUAUCAUCCUUGCUUUUUUUCUCUUCUCUCUUCACCCCCAUCAUCAUCCAGUCUUUGCUUCUUUCUUUGCUCCCUAUCCCCUCAGUGAGUCUUUACUUCUCUUCUCUCUUCUUGCACUCUCAUCACUCUGUCUUUUUUUCUCUUUUUUUGCACCCCCCCACCAUCUUUGUGUCUCUUUUCUCAAUUUUUACUUCUCUUUGCACAACUAUCACUCAGUCUUUGUUUCUCUUCUCUUUUGCUCCUCCUACUCCAAGUCAUUGCUUCUCUUCUCUGUUCACCAAUCCUAUUAACCAGUCUUUCUUUGCACCCCCACCUUGUCCCACAGUUUUUUCUUCUCACCACUCUAAAACUGGAAAUGUUUUUCUUGUUAUAAUUAUCCUUUUCUUUACAUUUUUCUCCUUUUUCUUUCUUUUCUUUUUUUCUUUUCCUUUCCUUUUCUUUUCCUUUUCUUUUCUCUUCCUUUUCUUUUCUCUUCCUUUUCUUUUCUCUUCCUUUUCUUUUCUCUUCCUUUUCUUUUCUCUUCCUUUUCUUUUCCUUUACUUUUCUCUUCCUUUUCUUUUCCUUUACUUUUCUCUUCCUUUUCUUUUCCUUUACUUUUCUCUUCCUCUUCCUUUCCUCUUCUUUUCUUUUCCUUUACUUUUCUUUUCCUUUCCUUUUCUUUUCCUUUCCUUUUCUUUUCCUUUACUUUUCUUUUCCUUUACUUUUCUUUUCCUUUCCUUUUCUUUUCCUUUACUUUUCCUUUUCUUUUUUCUAUUUCUGUUUUCUUUAUUUCUUUUUCACUUCUUCUAUUUUUCUCUUUUUCAAUUAAUAUUUCUCCUUCUCCUCUUUCUCUUUUUCCUUUUUCUCUUUUUCUUUUCAUUUUUCUAUUUCUUUUUUUCCUUUUUUCUCUUUUCUCCUCUUAUUUUUUACAUUUCUUUUUCUCUUUUCGACUUCUGUUUCUUUGUUUUACUUUUUUUCUGUUUCUAUUUCUCUUUUCUUUUUUAA